GGCAGCUCUCAGAGCACCCGGGGAAUGGGAAGAAUGGUUCUCCUGCAGGUGGGAUUGCCACCAAGAGACCUCAGCAAGGAUGGGGAGCCACCAGCAUGGGUGGCUGAGCCGUGCUGGGGAACUGGGGUGGGGUUUGUGCCUUUCAAGCAGCUGGGAAUGUGUUCUUUGUCUGUGGUGGUGUGACAGUCAAAUCCUCUGGCUGCAGGAUGCUCCAGGAGCUGUGGAGCAAGCAGAGGGAGCAGCCUGAGCUCUGGGUCCUGUUUCACAGCACCUCUAAAGCCUGAAGUGUUUAUAAAUGAUGUGAGAGACCUGUACCACUGUAGGUGGAAAGUAAAAUAUUUCCUUUGCACCUGCAGGCCUUCCCAAGUUGACAACUCCCAGACACAAAGUUCCUUCUCAGCGUAUUUCUCAAGGUUUUCUUCCUGUGCUUUUUGAUGCUCCUUCUCUUCUCCUUCAAGGCAGCCACAGAUUUUAAUAUCAUGCCUGAAACCAUCCCACCUCCAAUCCAACCAAAUUCUUUUCUCUGCGUUUCUGGCCGUGUGCUAAGAGAAAUACAAAUAGAAUCCAGAUGUUCAGGCCAAUUCAAACUCAAAAGGCUUUGUCUUUUUUAAAUGGAAAUUGCUUUUUGGCGAAGUCUGAGAAAUAUGAAGCUGGUGACAGUACUGGCAAAAACAAUACGAAUCUGCAAAACCAAUCUCUGCUCUCAUGCUCCCAGGAGCUCAGUGUAGCGGGAAGCAGAGGUUGUGUUGAGAUUAUUUUCUUUUUCUUCAGGGAAAAGGUUAUGCUCCAUGGAAAAGCUUCAUCUCCGAGCUAGACUGGGCCAAAGCUCUUCCUCUCAGCAUGCAGGAGUGCAGCUUGGCACAGCAGCCUCACAGAGCCCUUGCUUAACCUGUCAGACUGAGACUCAUGCAGGACUUGUGGCAUCUCUCUUCCAGCUGUAAAUCUCUGCGAACGACAGGAGCAAUCCCAGCACCACAUCCACUAUCACACCAUCAGUAAAUCCUCUUGAUCCACGUCUUCUGCACCACAAACCUCACCCACUCUGCAGCUGGGAUGGCAGCAGGUUGCAGGAUGCAAGCGCAGGGUGGGGAAAGAGGGUACCACGUCUGUGUUACACUGGCUGAACACAGAUGGGAGCUUAAAACCUCCCCUGUGAUGCUUUUUUCUCCAAGGGAGAGCUGCCUGGAGAAGAAAAGGCAGGCAAGGGAAGCAGCAAAAACAGCAAACUGCCUCUCACUCUGCCUGAACGGGGUCUUGAGCUGGGGCUGUUGUGGCCACGUGUAUUUCUAGCAGCAGGCGUGUUUUUCUUUGUAGCUGGGUUUAAUCUGAAACACAUGUUCUUCCUCUGAUUUCUCCAGUUGCCUGGAUGACAGGGGUUAGUUAAAUACAACCCUCUUCCUUUAAUUUCUGGGAAUCUAUCUAAACAUUGCCUCAGACCAGCCUCGGUGGCGUCUGUUCUCGGGGGCAGGACCCUUCAUAGCUCUGGUUUUACCCACAGCAAAGCCCUGGGUUGCUCAGUGCCCUUCUGGACCAGACAGAUCUGUCUGGAAGGGCCACUCAUCCCAGAACUGCAGUGGUGAGAAGUGGAUUCCACACAAGCAACAGCUCUGGGGAGUUUGGUGCUUUUCUCCCACCUCCAUUUAAAAUGUUCAAUGAGCCAAGCUCUGCCUUUCACUUCUCCAGGUUUCCUUAUUGUCUUUUAAGAAAGCUCUUUUACUUCAUCAGAUUGCAAAUAAGAAGCAAAGAAUGGACACAGGUACAUGUAGACACAAGAAAAAACAAACUGCUGCCUGAGGCAGGUAAUUUGUAUAUCAAAGCAGUACCAGUCAGUGUUGCCUUCACCCCAUUCAACAACAUGGAUUUGGUACCUUGUAUAAAUGAAAUCUUUAAUUUUUCUGAAGCCCAAGACUCAGAAGCAAUGAUUUGGUGCUUUUCUGGACCUUGGCACUCAGUAACUGCCAGCAUCAGUGUGGUUUGGGCCACACACAUCUGCUUUUGUGCUCAGGCACACCCACACCCUGUGCUUGCCCAAUUUUAAAGUCACUGGGGCCAGUCUGGCUGGAUAAUUGCAACUAGAGAAGGAAACCUGGCUCAGAUCAGGUGUGUGUUUCACAACUGGAAGGACAAGCAGCAGCAUCUGUCCCUGCAGCUCCUGUCACAGCCAGGUACAGUGAAUAGCUGUGGUAGAGAUGGAUUUACCUGAUCGCUCAAACUCUCUCUGUCAUAUUCUUACUCUGUAGGUCCAGGCAUGCAGGUUCCAGUGGUUCUCCUUUUCCUGGGUCUCCUAACUGUCCCAAGCAGGACCCAGAACUCAGCUACUGAGCAGAACUCUGCCACAGCUGAUGGAGCCAACGCUGGUGAGGAGGAGGAAGAUCCAUUCUACAAGAGCCCUGUGAACAAGCUGGCAGCUGCAGUCUCCAACUUUGGCUACGACCUGUACCGCCAGCAGUCCGGGCGCACGGCCACGGCCAACGUGCUGCUGUCCCCCUUCAGCCUGGCCACUGCACUUUCUGCCCUCUCCCUUGGGGCUGGAGAACGAACUGAGGAUGUGAUUUCCCGCGCGCUCUUCUACGAUCUGCUCAACAAGGCUGAGGUCCACGACACCUACAAGGAGCUCCUGGGCAGUGUGACUGGGCCUGAGAAGAGCAUGAAAAGUGCCUCCCGCAUCAUCCUGGAGAAAAGACUCAGGGCAAGGCCUGGAUUUCACAGCCAGCUCGAGAAAUCCUACAAGAUGAGGCCGAGGGCACUGAGUGGCAACUCCCAGCUGGACCUGCAAGAAAUCAACACCUGGGCCAGGCAGCAGACAAAGGGAAGGAUCAUGAGGUUCAUGAAGGACAUGCCCACAGAUGUCAGCAUUCUCCUUGCUGGGGCUGCUUUCUUCAAGGGGACAUGGAAAACCAAGUUUGACACCAAGAAGACUGCCCUGAAGGACUUCCACCUGGAUGAGGACAGGACUGUGAAGGUGUCCAUGAUGUCAGACCCCAAAGCCAUCCUGAGAUAUGGUUUUGACUCAGAACUCAACUGCAAGAUUGCCCAGCUGCCCCUGACAGAGGGAAUCAGUGCCAUGUUCUUCCUGCCCACGAAGGUGACCCAGAACAUGACUCUGAUUGAGGAAAGCCUCACUUCUGAGUUUGUCCAUGAUGUGGACAAGGAGCUGAAGACAGUCCACGCUGUGCUGAGCCUGCCCAAACUAAAGCUGAACCACGAAGAGGCACUUGGCAGCACAAUAAAGGAGACAAGUAUGUGCAUCACACCCCCCCUGCAGGGCUCAAAGCAGUGGUCAAGGUGCUCCCUGCUCUCAGAUUAUCAAGCUGGUGGGUUGUUAAAUUAUGGUUGUGGAGAUUUCACCAGCAACCAAAUCACCUUCACCCAGGAUUUCUCAGCUUUUUAUCACAUCCCUCCACCAAGCUCAUGCAGUGCUGCUGAGAUUGUGGGUGAAGCUCAGUACAAGCAGAUGGAAGCUGCUCCUCCCUGUUACCCCAAAAACCUCAGCCCAAGCAGCUCCCUGCCCUUGUGGAUCACAGGAGCAGUGCUGCUCCCCCUGCUGCAAUCCAUGCCCCCAGCUAAUGGAACUUUCUCUCUUUUCUCCAGGGCUCCAAUCACUUUUCACAUCACCUGAUUUCUCCAAGAUUUCUGCCAAACCUCUGAGAUUAUCCCAUGUGCAACACAAGGCAAUGCUGGAGCUUAGUGAGGAUGGGGAAAGAUCCACACCAAACCCUGGGGCCACUGCUGCUCGUCUGACCUUCCCCAUAGAAUACCACGUGGACAGACCCUUCCUUCUUGUACUGAGGGAUGACACCACCGGAACCCUCCUCUUCAUUGGCAAGAUCCUGGAUCCCAGGGGGGUUUAGAUCCCUUCACAAUAAUCUGCAAUGGUAAGGGUGAUACUGGGAGGGAUACUGGCUCCCUGCUCUGCUGCACAAAGACACAACUUGCAAAUCUUACGCCUUCAUGCUGCAAUAAAAGAGCUUUUGCUAUUAAACCUCA